UAUCAUCUACGAUCGUUAGGCAUGGUCUCUCCUGCUGCAGGAGUUGUCAAUGUGCAGCCUGGUCGAAGCAAUGUUGGUCCUGGUGCAGGACGUGGGCUAGUGUCAAUGCCGGCAGCAGUGGUGCUGUCUCCGACGAGUGGUGUCUCCGUGACAACUACUACAGCUCCUCCACCAGGCCACCCUUUUCUACCAACAGUUGCGGAUAUGUCGGAUCCCACAAGUCGUUCGUCAGCUGCACCGCAGCCACAGCCGCUCAACAACCUAUACCUCAGUGGCAACACAAACGUUUACAGUCCUCCAACAUCAAGUAAGUUGCCAGAAGCAGCAGAAGGACAAGGGAGUAGUGGACCAAACUCACAUAAUGCAUCUUCAGCACAUACACAACAACAUCCUCAGCAAAGAGACUAUCCUCCACGACAAGACUCCUCGUCUCUUCGCGCGUGCCUAGAGCGUGAGGAAGCCGUUGCGCGUGAUGUGGCGCUAGCUAGAGACAUCGGACGCAGCUCAGCUGCGGUGGAGGCGGAUCUGAAAAAGCAAGAGCGAACCUUAAAACACAUCACGGAUCGCGAAGAUCGCUUAGAGCGGAGGGAAGACAUAUUAGAAAGCGAGUUGUUGCGGUUGCGAGAAGAAUUGAGGUGUAUGAAGAAGAGUAGUAAAAGUGGAAGAGAGGUAGUAGAUGAGAAAGAUGAUGUAGCUGCUGCGGGACCUGCUUCUGCAUCAUCCUUUUCCAUUUACUCCAGAAGUGGCGCGCAUACGAAUUUCGGGAGACCUGCUAGUUUUCCAACUCGGAUAGGGCAAGCAGGCUCUUCAGCAGUAGCGUCGUCUUGUAAUGCUGGUGCUGCGGCUGCCGCAGCUGAAGUAAUCAAUCCUCCGACAAAUAGUACUGCCACCGCUGGGAAGUUCAAAGAAGGAAGCCAUGCCGAAGAAGCUCCACCAUUGAUGUCGUCUGGGGAUGUGGUAGAUUUAGUGGCAGAUGGAGCAGAGCACACGCAGACUCAGGCGAGCAAUGGAAAUACGGGUGGCUCUGGCGUCACUGCGGCUGAAAUGCGCUCGCUUCGUGACGAGUUGAAAACAGCAACUGAGGAAUUGCGCGAAUUGCAAAGGAUACAGUCAAAAGACCCGGAGAAGGAGAACCUACGAGAAAGACCAUUGUCUUCUAAUAGUCCUCAUCAACGAGGAGGAGUUCUUAUUAGUAGUGCACCGUGUCAGCCUCAUCAGAGCCCUUAUCCUGCACAUAACCACUUGCUGCAGUCACCACCAAGAAUACCAUCAAGUCGACAUCAACAUGAAAAUUCAACCGAUCCUCCUAGAAAUAUCACCGUGAAUGGACGACGUCGGAGCUGGUCAUCUCAAAAUACGAACUCGCAGAGCAAGAAUGAGGUUGGAGGAGGUGGCGUGGUGCCGAUCUUCACGGAUGAGGAAGGCAACGGGAGUCGUGUGUUGUUAAGGCAAAAGGUGAAGGUUCUUUAUCUUUAAGUUCGUUGAUUUCCUUGGUGAUGCCUAAUGACUCCUGCUCUUUCUUUGUGCUUGUGCACCUCUAAUCCUUCCUGCAGCUCCAUCAGUCCUCGUCCCAGCACCCUUACUCAGAGGCGCUGAUGGCCAAUUACGAACGCAAAUGUUGCCCGGGGUCACCAUGACUGGAUACAGCACAAUAGACGGACGGCCACUAGCCCACCAGUUUGUGCCACAGGUUGGACAGCAAGACAAAGGAACGAAAUCUAAAACUGCAGGUUCAAAAGGCACUACCAAUGAGGAGUCAAAAGCCAACAAUAGAGUACCAGUGUGGUCACGUUCGACUGCUAGUUCUCGAUCCAAGCAGAGUAAUAGAGCUGAGGCUGCAACUAGUACGCAGGUAAAUAAAGCUCGACACAACUCUCACUCACAAGCCUCACCAGCUCCAGCAGUAGGACCUAAUAAGAAGGCGAAGGCGUUUGAGAUUGCAUAUCCGUCAACUCUGGGAGGUCAACAUUUGGGUGCGAAUUUGCUGAGACAACAUAUUCAUGGCGUGGACGAUGCGAGAGCGGCAUUGGUGGGAAAUGGUCUUGGGGUUGCAGCUGGUGGAACAUUACUGUCUGCGAGGGCGCCACUUAGUUUAUGAGACAAAGAACUGCGGUUAACGACUUCAACAGUAAAUUCGUAUUCCUGGCGGGAUUACAUACUUCCCACAUAUUACUUUCCCAUUGCAAUUUAAUUAGUUCCUACUAACUGUAAGCACCACUACACAAUAGCUUCGACUACUUCUAACCUCCUUUGUUCCCCCAGCCCGUGGCCGUGCAAACAGCUCUCCCCCAAUCAUGGAGCCACCGAUUUUGUCGCACUCUGCGAGACUGAUUCCAGCAGGUCUAGAGGAAAGAAAUCACACUCCUCGAAGUGGAGGUCUGAAUCCACCAACGUCUGCUAGAGGAGGUGGGCGCCCUAGUACAACAACUCCUGUGGUCGUUGGGAAUAAAACUACAAUUUUUAAGGCUUAGAAGUUACCCUAGAAAUCCUCGAUCUGCUGAAGCAUCCUGAAGAAGUGUCGUGAAGAAAGAAGAGAGCAGGAUGCUUCUCAAGAUGGAUCAGGGUGAGCGCUAACGCAAGCACCUCAUCAAGGACGACUAACAAUACGAUUCGAUCUUCCAAGAUGAAUACCAUCGUAGCCGGGCGCGUUGACUUGUUGGACAUGAAUCAGAUCGUAAUGCCUCUAGGAAGAGGCGAAAGCAGGAACAAAACAUCUUCAGUGGCGCCAUCGUCUUCAAAAAGAACGCAGAGCUAUCCUGCAGGAUCUUCUACUAAAGUGACUAGUAGUACGAUGUUGAAGGGCGCGGCCGUGGGAGUGGGUCGUGUUCCAACAGGACCAGGACAGCUUCAACAAGAGAACGCCAUGAGACUGCAAAGCACCAGUCGCAUUCAGAAUUCUGCGGCAUUGUCUCCACGAUUUGUAGCAGGGAAUGGCAUGGCGAGUACAGCACGACCGCAUGGUGGAAUCGAGGAGGGAACAACUUCUAUGACUACGUUGAGAGGCAGGGUGCAGAGCGACGAACUGAAGCGGGUUCAGCGUGAAGUAGAGAUACAAGACGGCUUUCGUCGAAGGGUUGAUAAAGACGUCGAAAAAAUAAUGGCGCAAGAUGAUUCAGAUUUUUAGAGGGGGCAUGUUAUCGUUUUUUUUGAAAAUAGCUUACUGAUUUGGCUUUUGCUUUAAUUCUAGGGAGGUGGUCUGUCGGUAGACAGUAUGAUCUAUUAAGUUUAGUUUACACACAGGAUGGUCUUCACAAAACUUCGAUGGGUAGCGUAUUUUACUCAAAAAAGCGUCGGUAGUGUAAUUCUGUCUAGUCUGUAGCGUAAGUACGUUUUCACGACCAGAACUUCCAUGAGGAGAGGUCGUGUGGAUCGGAAUUCUGUACAUUUUCUGACCUGUAUUCUGCAAAUGGGUGUAUAUAUUACUCAACAUGAUGACUUUCUAUGACAGGCCCGCCUUCGGGUUCGGUACGCGCUUGACAGCGUGGCGAAACGUCAUCAAUACGCG